AUGCCUGCCCACUACUCCAACGUUGCCUACUCCAUGCCCAUGCCGGUUCCCACCAAGGGCUCCCAAUACCCCACCUACAGCCAAUACUCCGUCUCUCCCCCGGAGUGUGAAGACUCAGUCAGCUCCGCCUCCGGCAUUCCCUCCUACAGCAAUGGCGGAUACUCGGCCACUUCCAACGGCUAUGCCGGUGGCUACGCCGACUACGACAGCACCGCCUCCACCAGCGGUGUCGACUUCCAAGAGUACAUGCAGGACCGCUUCGCCAACUCUUUCGACCCCAUUCCCCUUGACCGGAGCAUGGCGAUGCAGGCCCAGACAUCCGGAAAGCUCAAUGCCAAGCACCGCGAGCUGCUGGAGCUGCAGAAGAAGGCACAGGCUCGCCUGGCUAAGACGCGAGAGCGCUUCCAGGAGGGCAUGCGCGACGCUCACGAGGUCCGAAGCGACCUUGAGUGGACGCAGAAGAAAGUUGGAUCGAUGAAGAGCAAGGCCUCGCGCAAGCACACCAAGGAGUACAGCAAGGCUCGUGCGCGAUACCCAUCCCCCGAGAACUAG